AAGAGCAUCGACGUACAGUAUUGAUGUUUCCCCCAAACGUCACGGGAUUUUAUCCAUCUGAAAUAAACUGACAGCUCGAGUAAAGUGUCCCAGGCAGAUGUUGCCAGUUCAGGGCGUGUAUAGCGCCUUGACGUGCGGAUGCUCCGGACGAGAAAAGACGGAAAGGAAGCGUUUUAUGGUGAAUGCUGGAGUGACCUCAUAGCGUUCCGUACUCUCUCUCCCCCCAAGGCACCGCUAGAGAAAGGGAGAGAGAGGGAGAGAGAGACGACGAGGCAGAGGGGAAAGGCUAGGGCUCAAAAAACCCCUAUGCUGUAUUUAAUGUGUAGUGUGCAGGAUAUAAAUAAAAGCUGGAGUAGCGACAUUGAUCGCUCCCCAUGCCACGCUUCCCUUUUCGCUGGAGCAAUGAAGAUAUUAGGAUAACAAAGCCUGCUAAAAUAGUACCCAUUGUCAUUCACCGUGGGUAGCCACCUAGCUGUGUCGUGGUUCCGGUUCCACACUAUUUUUUCCCACUUGCAGUAAAACGUAGUUAGUCUAGGACGAUCGGAAGGAUUGUCGCAGCCGGGGAUCGGGACGGGGACAGGGGGCGAGGCAAAGCGGCGAGGGCCGGGAGACUUCCGGGGGUUCAGGGCGGCAUCAAGGGAGCCGCGGACGUCGCUCUUGGGAAGGACGGGCAUCGUCAGCAUCCAGGCUCAGCCGGGGGACACGGGCUUAAUUUAGGGGGGGGGCGAUUAUCAACAUGUCCAGAAAAGUGCAGAGGACCGAAGUCUGCGCCGACUGCAGUGCCCCAGAUCCGGGCUGGAGCAGCAUUAACCGGGGGGUGUUUAUCUGCGAUGAGUGCUGCUCCGUGCACCGCAGCCUGGGCAGGCACAUCUCUAUCGUCAAGCACCUGCGCCACAGCGGCUGGCCCCCGGCACUGCUGCAGAUGGUGCAAACCCUGGCCAGCAAUGGGGCAAAUUCCAUCUGGGAGCACUCACUGCUGGACCCAGCGCAGGUGCAGAGUGGCCGGCGGAAGCCCAACCCACAGGAUAAAGUGCAUCCCACCAAGUCAGAGUUCAUUCGAGCAAAGUACCAGAUGCUGGCCUUCGUCCACAAGCUUCCAUGUCGCGAUGAUGACGGCGUGACUACCAAGGACCUCAGUAAGCAGCUGCACUCCAGUGUGCGGACCGGCAGCCUGGAGACCUGCCUACGGCUGCUUUCCCUCGGGGCGCAGGCCAACUUCUUUCACCCGGAGAAGGGCACCACCCCCCUGCACGUGGCCGCGAAGGCGGGUCAGGUGCUGCAGGCAGAGUUGCUGGUGGUAUAUGGGGCCGAUCCUGGUGCCCCUGACAUCAAUGGCCGCACACCAAUGGACUAUGCCAGGCAGGCCGGCCAGGUGGAACUGGCCGAGCGGCUGGUGGAGUGUCAGUAUGAACUCACCGAUCGGCUGGCCUUCUAUCUGUGUGGCCGACGCCCAGAUCAUAAAAAUGGCCAUUACAUCAUCCCACAGAUGGCAGACAGAGCUCGCCCUAAGUGCCCGACGCAGAGCCUGGACCUAUCAGAACUGGCAAAGGCAGCCAAGAAGAAGCUCCAGGCGCUGAGCAACCGCUUGUUCGAGGAGCUGGCCAUGGACGUGUACGACGAGGUGGACCGCCGGGAGAACGACGCAGUGUGGCUGACGACCCAGAACCACAGCACUCUGGUGACUGAGCGCAGCGCUGUGCCCUUCUUACCAGUCAACCCCGAGUACUCUGCCACUCGUAACCAGGGCCGUCAGAAGCUGGCACGCUUCAACGCACGGGAGUUUGCGACCCUCAUCAUCGACAUCCUGAGCGAUGCCAAGAGACGCCAGCAGGGGAAAGGACUCGCGAGCCCCGUGGACCCGCUGGAUCUCGUUCACGGCGACGACGACCAGCACGACUACGACAGCGUAGCGUCGGACGAGGACACAGACAGCGAGCUGACGACCCAGAAUAACAGCGGUGCCCAGCGCAACAACCGCGCCAAGAGCAUGGACUCCUCUGACCUGUCGGACGGCCCCAUCACGCUGCAGGAGUACCUGGAGGUGAAGAAGGCCUUGGCCUCCUCAGAGGCGAAGGUACAGCAGCUGAUGAAGGUCAACAACAACCUGAGUGAGGAGCUGAGGCGUCUGCAGAAGGAGAUCUCCAGGAUGCAGAUGGAGAACAGUGCAAUGCGGGGGGGCCAGGAGGGAGGGGGCAUGCUUCAGGGAGCGGGUGGCGGGCCGGGCCUUUGGCCCGGAGCAGUGGCUCGCGGGGCAGGGGAUGUCAGCUUCAGUGCCUCUCCUGCCCCGGCCACGCACAGGAGGGACAGGCAGGCCAUCUCCAUGUACGAGCCCGGCGCGGCACCCCCCAAGGCCCUCUCCCCUGCCCUGGACCCCCUUGCCGGCCGCCUGCAGCCCCUGCACCCCAGUGUAAGUGUAAACCCCAACCCCUGCCGGAGGGUAUGGCAAUGGCGGAAUGGCACAAUGGCCGUCUUUCCCUCACUCCCCCAGUGCUUGUUCGCUGCUUUUAAUCCUAAAGCGCUUGUUGCUCCUUAACCCCGCCUCCUCCUUUCCCCUAGGCACUCUUCCCUCCUCAACCCUGCCUCCUUCUUUCCCCUAGGUCAGGGGCGCCCAACUCCAGUCCUGGAGGGCCAGAACCCUGCACAUUUUUGGGUUUCCCCUCAUUUAACAAACCUGAUUCAACUCCUUGUGCUAAUUAACACACAGCUCUUGAGCUGAAUCAUUUAUGGUGGAACAGGGAAAGAACUAAGCUACACAGGGCUCUGGCCCCCCAGGACUGGACUUGGGCACCCCUGCCCUAAGUACUCUUCCCUCCUUAACUCCACCUCCUCCUUUCCUCUAGGAACUCUUCCCUCCUUAACCCGCCUCCUCCUUUCCCCUAGGCACUCUUCCUUCAUUAACCCCGCCUCCUCCUUUCCCCUAGGCACUCUUCCUUCAUUAACCCCGGCUCCUCCUUUCCCCUAAGGCACUCUUCCCUCCUUUACCCUGCCUCCUCCUUAACCCCGCCUCCUCCUUUCCCCUAGGCACUCUUCCCUCCUUUACCCUGCCUCCUCCUUUCCCCUAAGGAACUCUUCCCUCCUUAACCCCGCCUCCUCCUUUCCCCUAGGCACUCUUCCCUCCUUUACCCUGCCUCCUCCUUUCCCC